AAACUAUCAACACCUCUAUUUUUUCCCACCAGAAACAAAUCAAGAAAAAUGGCAACAGCAUUUCUCUUAACUGCAAAACCAUUCCUCUCCUCCUCUUCAACACCAUCUUCUCUAUCUUCCCUAACAAAUACACCAGUCCUGCUAUCUUGUGCGCAGCAAAAGAAAUGUAAUGCCACGAGACCACUGACUUUAUGCAAAACUCUCAGGGAUGAGUCACCGCCUGUAACACCCUCUCCGGUUAUAAUAACCAAAAGAAGCUUGUCUAUUUGCUUCUUAACCAGCUUUGUAUUCUCAUUGGCAAGUAGAGGUGAUUCUAGUGCCAAUGCAGCUAUAUUAGAAGCUGAUGACGACGAAGAGUUAAUGGAGAAAGUUAAGAGGGACAGAAAGAAGAGGUUAGAAAAACAAGGAGUUAUUAGUUCUGCUAACCAGGAAAAAGGUUAUCUGCAAGAUCUUGUGUACAAGCUGAGCAAAGUAGGUCAAGCGAUAGACAAGAAUGAUCUAUCUACAGCUAGUUCUGUUCUUGGGGGUAGCACUGAUACAGAUUGGGUCCGAAAGGCUAAUAUUGCCUUCACCAAGCUGAGCUCUAGUCCUGACGAAAAGACUCAGGUGGACACCUUCAAUUCUUCACUAGCUUCAUUAAUGUCAUCAGUUACCGGCAAUGACAUUGAAUCCUCCAAAAUUGCUUUUGUAUCAUCAGCCACUGCUUUUGAGAAAUGGACAGCCUUGACAGGGCUGGUUGGACAGCUCAAAGGGCUUUGAAAAGGAAUCUGGAUAUUGAUGGCCUCUUCAUUUCUUUUUUGUUGUGAGGAACAUUUGAAGUUCUUUGAUUUCUAUCAUUCAAUUCUUCACAGGCUUUUCUUCCUAGCUCGAGUAGUUCCUCCAAUAUCAAAACGCUAUUUUACUUGCAUACGAGUUGUAAUUUGUUGCUCAAUAUUUUUUAUCUUUGGUUAAAAGUAAUAAUAUUUAUCUCUAUACCCUGCAAAA